AUGAACCUGUGCAGUCUCCAGUGCCGAGCGCCCAUCGCCACGUCACAGAAAAUUGAGGAGAUCAAGGACUUCCUGCUCACGGCCCGGCGGAAGGACGCCAAAUCUGUCAAGAUCAAGAAGAACAAGGAUAAUGUGAAGUUCAAGGUUCGCUGCAGCAGGUACCUUUACACUCUGGUUAUCACAGACAAAGAGAAGGCUGAGAAGUUGAAACAGUCCCUGCCCCCUGGUUUGGCAGUGAAGGAGCUGAAAUGAACCAGACUUCUGCGUUUGACUAUUAAAAACCCUAAAAAGUC